GUUACAGUGUGCUACACGGUGGCGAGUGGCGGAGUGGCGACAUUAGUUUGGUAGUUCAGUAGUUGGCUGUUGCCUGGGUUGCCUGUGCCUCUACUGUUGUAAUGUUACGUACGGAGCGUUACCUGGUUAUCCUUCAGUUCAUUUCUUUUGUGAGCCCGUUUUUCUUUCUUUAUAGUCUUCCGGAUGAAAAACCUGUUAGCGAGCCGGUAAAAAAUGAACAACGAGAUGGACGAGACGGUUAAAUUAUUGCGAUCGAUUGGUCUGAGUGAACAGAAGGCCAAAGAAACUUCAAAAAAUGUCCAAGUGACUAAAAAUUUGAGAGUUGCUAUAAAUGAGGCUUCCAAACAUGGAUCGAUUACUCCGGACAUUGGUACAUUAUUAUAUCAUCUAUCAUCAAAGAUAAAAGUUCAAAUAGCAGAUAAAAUACCUCUAGUAGCGGAAUAUAUAGCACUAAAAAAAUUGGACACAAGUCUGAGAAUUGAUGCAGCCCUGGAAUACAUUUUGAAUAACGUCACAAGCUCCAUUGACAUUCUGAAAUUCGAAGAAGCCUGUGGAGUUGGAGUUGUUGUUACUCCUGAGGAAAUUGAGGCAGAAGUUGAAAAAUUGAUUAAAAGAAACGAGAAAGAGAUUCAGGAAAAAAGAUAUCGAUUCAAUGCUGGACCACUUCUACAAGAAGUUCGAAAGGCCCUUAAAUGGGCUGAUGGUAAAGCCAUUAAAAAUGAGGUGGAUCUUCAAUUGUUGGAUUUGUUGGGUCCAAGAACUGAGGCCGAUUUAGCUCCUGUCCCAAAAAGCGGAAAGCAGAAAGGGAAAGAUGGAGACAAAGAGAAAAAAACAAAAAAUGCUCAACCGGAAACAAAAUCUGUGGAUACAACCAAAGAUUCUGAUUCAGCAAAUACUAUCAAUGAACUUAUGAAGACAAAAGUUCACUUCCAUAAACCUGGAGAAAAUUUCAAAACCGAAGGCUAUGUUGUUACACCGAAUACCGAACGUCUACUUGCGGAACAUCUGAAAAUCACUGGUGGAUUAGUCAGAACGAGAUUCCCGCCGGAGCCCAAUGGAAUUCUCCACAUUGGACAUGCUAAAGCAAUUAACAUCAACUUUGGAUACGCCGUGGCCCACAAUGGUUUGUGCUAUUUACGUUACGACGACACGAACCCGGAAAAAGAAGAAGAAAAAUUUUUCACGGGAAUACGAGAAAUGGUCGAAUGGUUGGGUUACAAACCAGCGAUGGUAACUCAUGCGUCUGACAACUUCCAACAGCUUUACGAAUGGGCUGUUAAAUUGAUCGAAAAAGGUCACGCCUACGUUUGUCAUCAGAGUAGCGACGAGAUGAAAGGAUUCAAUCCUCCCCCAAGUCCGUGGAGAGACAGGCCUGUAUCUGAAAGUUUGCAGUUGUUCGAGGAUAUGAAAAAUGGAUUACUCGAGGAAGGGGAAGCGACUCUUCGAAUGAAAGUGACUUUGGAAGAGGGAAAACAAGAUCCUGUUGCGUAUAGAAUAAAAUAUGCACCUCACCAUAGAACUGGGGAUAAAUGGUGCAUUUAUCCAACGUACGAUUUCACUCAUUGUCUGUGCGACAGCAUCGAAAACAUAACACAUUCGCUCUGUACUAAAGAAUUUCAAUCACGAAGAUCCUCUUAUUAUUGGCUCUGCAACGUUCUUGAUGUUUAUUGUCCUGUACAAUGGGAAUACGGACGAUUGAACAUCGGCUAUACCGUCGUUUCAAAAAGAAAAAUCGCCAAGCUUAUCGACGAAGGAGUCGUUUCUGAUUGGGAUGACCCAAGACUAUUCACGUUGACGGCAUUGCGAAGACGUGGAUUUCCACCGACGGCGAUUAAUAAUUUCUGCGCCCAAAUGGGCGUUACCGGAGCCCAAGUGGUCGUCGAUCCGGCAAAUCUCGAAGCCUCGGUUCGAGACGUUUUGAACAAUUCAGCACCUCGUCAUAUGGUUGUUCUCGAUCCUAUCAAAGUUACGAUCAUUAAUUUUUCUCAAGAAGAUCCGAUAACACUUAAUGUCCCGGAUUUUCCCAAUGAUCUUGAAAAAGGACAUCAUUCGAUCACUUUCUCAGACGUCGUUUAUAUCGAAGCUUCUGACUUCAAAGAGGAAGAAGAAAAAGGAUUCCGUCGCUUAUCACCGAAACAAGCGGUUGGUUUGAAACACGCCGGAGUUGUUUUAACACUUCAAAAAGUAGACAAAGACGCCAGCGGAAAUAUAACGAACUUGACAGUGAAACAAGAGCCCGUUUCAGACAAAAAUAAGCCAAAGGCAUUUAUCCACUGGGUUUCAAAGCCAAAAAUCGCUUCAGUCCGGCUCUACGAACGACUGUUUAAUCACAAAAAUCCCGAAGACUCGAACCAAGUGCCUAAUGGAUUUUUAAGCGACAUCAAUCCUGCGAGCAAAAAAGAAGUUGUUGCUUAUAUUGACCAAUCUUUAGUUCCUUUGGCAACGCCUUUUACUCAAUUUCAAUUUGAACGACUCGGAUUUUUCUCUGUUGAUCCAGAUACCGUGCCGGCCAAACUGGUCUUCAAUAGAACUGUGACUUUGAAGGAAGAUGCUGGAAAAUAAAAAUAAAAUACGAGUCUGUCACUAGGCGCAACGAAUUUUAUCGACCUUGUUGAGAAACUACACAGACGUAAUUUUUGAAAAAGUCUAUAAACUCAUUACUUUACUUUUCUAUACUUUAUCUACGUUUGAUACAAUUUUUUGCGUAAAUUUAUUCAAGUUAAACGUGAAAAUUCGAAUCUAUGAAAAAAACAGUUGUUGAGUUGAGAGAAAAAAAGAAGCAGAUAUUUUUUUAUGAUCCAAACAAAAAGAGUUUGCUUCUAUUGGACCAUUUUCACGUUAAUCUUUUCAUCAUCGGUGUUUAUUUUUAUUUGGAAUAGCUGCGUUCUCUGUUAUAAAAUCAUUUGCAUUCAUGCAGUACAUUUAAAAAAUGCAGAUACGGUUUAAAAAUCGAACAACUCGUCUUUCAGAGUGAAGUGACUUUUACAGAAUUUGUUCUUUCAACUUGGCCAGCCAAUCAACAAAAGUCCAUACCCACGUUGUAAGAUUUCGUUAUGCAAUAAAAGUGACAAAAAUUCUA